AUGGCCCAGUUCUCUUCCCUAUCUCCCCCCCUUGAUUUGGCUUUAGCCCACUUGGCCGAGGCGGGGAGUCAUUUGCAGGGGCAUCCCAAUCACAAUUUUGAACAUGUGGAUACAGCGUAUGCUGAAGUGGAGAAGGUCGCCCUGGCUGUUGACGGUGCAAAAAUACAGGGUGAAGAUGAACGAGUGCCCGGUUGUCCUUUCGGAAAGUGGUCAUCGUAUCGCUUGGACGAUAGUAUCGCUGUUGGUUCCUGGCAAUUUGAACCUCCUUGGACUGCAGUGAAGAGGACCGUUGAGCCUUUGCCCGCUGGGACUUUGUCUACGCCCAGGGCAAAAAAGGCUAAGACUAGGAAGGGAAAGGGGCGUGAGGAUUUGCCUCAGAUGGAUGACGACGGGCUGGUACGAUGGAACUCCUCCAAAUAG